AUGCCGAACAACACCUUCUCCUCCUCGCAAGACAGCGGCGUCACCGGCGCCGCCAAAUUUGUGACCUCCACUCUUGGAAACACUGUUGGAGGCGUGUCUCGAACCGUUGGCGGAGUCACAGGUGCCGCCACUCGAGGAAUUGGAAAUACCAUCACAGGUGCGACGGGAAGUGCCGGGAAGCCUCUGGGCGAUGGGCUGGGGAACAUUGGAACGGGGGUUGAGGACGGAGCGAACAGGGUUGCGAAAGGAGUGGAGAAUGCUGGGCAGUGGAAGAGCUAA